GCGGAGCCAUGUUCCUUCUUCUAGGGCUUCUCACCGUCCUCAGGGGACUGCACGGAGGCCCCAAUCUUCAUAAAAAGUUUCUGCAGACCACAAUUCCUGAAAAGAUUUCAACGUCUGAGGCAAUCAAAGAUCCAGAAAAUAACGUGGCUUAUGUCAUUACAAUAGGAGGAAAUCCAUAUUUUCUCCAUCUUACAAAGCAGUCGUUUUUAUCUUCAGCGUCUGUUGUUUACUUUUAUGACAAAAAUGACAUCCAACAUCAUCAGCCUUUGUCAGCUCAGAUGGAUUGCAGUUAUCAUGGAUAUGUUGCAGGUUUUCCAAAUUCUCUUGUAUCACUCAACAUUUGUUCAGGACUCAGGGGAACACUGCAGUUUAAAAACAUCUCAUAUGCAGUUGAACCAGUUGAGUCUGUAUCAGGAUUCAUGCACAUGAUUUAUGAAGAAAAAAGUGAUAUAAAUCCUAUCCCUCUGUUACUGAAAAAUGACACUUACAGCUAUGAGAGCUCACAGUAUAAAGUCAGAAAAAGUUCAGAAAUAGAUGCAGAAUGA